AUGCCAUGUUCUUCUAUCCCACAAUAUCUUGAGUUGAGUGAGCCGUUAGCGAAUACAUGCCAGUUGUAUGCUCUUAUUUCGCCAGCAGAUGUAUACAUCAGGAAAUACAAAAGCUUUCGCAUCUCAACCAUCUCAAACAACAUUAAGACUGGCCGUGUGAAGAAUGGAGAUGGUGAUGAGUUGGAGAGGGGAAAAAACGAUCGGUAUGACCUUCCAGCGGGAAUGAAUGAUUACAAACGCGAUAACAACAACAACAACAGCAACACUGCCCGUGUAGUCACCAGCAACUAUAAUGAAAACAGCACCAUUUACAACAACCGAAAUAAUAAUAACAACAACAACAACGACGACAUUAACAAUAACAACAACAACAAUAAUAAAAAUGAUAAUUAUAAUAAUAACAACAGUAAUUAUAAUUAUAAUAAUAACAAUAGUAAAAUCAACAACUUUAUCAAUAAUGGCAUGAACAAACUGAGCGGCAGAUUUAUGAAUUUCUUCGACGCUUCCAUCAACGAACAACACUCCAAAUGCACCGGCCCGAGUAGGAAAAGCCUCUACAACAUCGUGAACAACGGACCUCUGAAAAACUUUAACGACAAUCAUCAAGGAGGUUUUGACACUUGGGAAGAGAAACGUCAUCGUCGUCAUCAUCGUCGUCGUCGUCGCCAUCAUCCUCGAUUCAUUUCUCAGUCGAUUUUUAUUGAAGAUGAAAAAAGAAGGCAUUUUCUAAAGCGAAACAUUUACGAUUCGUACAGAAAUCAAUUUGACGACCUCACUAAAAUGCAUCGGAACAAGCCCAUCAAAGACAGCAACAACAACAAAAAAAACAACAACAACCGCCUCAAACGAUUGCAAAACAAGCCUAACAACUCUCUCACGAAUGAUGACAUUGACAUGAAGAAAAAUGAACUAACGAACAGCAGAAGAAAAAUCAGACAGACGGAAAACGAUUUAACAGCCAAACCAUUUCGUCACCAGAUAACAUGUCCGAAGAACCUGGGCCUUGUAAGUGGGCAGAUUUGUGGCAAGAGUUGUAAGAGGGAUGUAGACUGCAGGGGCAACAAGAGGAAGUGCCUGUGUGACGGACCUUGUGGCAUGACAUGCGUCAAAACUAGUAAGUCCAGUUGGGGUCAUCUGUGUUUUAGCAAUGUUAUUUCUUAA